AUACAUGAUAAUAACUUCACAAAUACUAUGGACAGGAUAUGGUCGUCGGUGGAACUGGCUCAACCGCCAACACAAUUGAGUUUGCCAUUUCUGAAAUAUUGCGCAACCCCGAUAUCCUGAGGAAAUUACAACAAGAACUAGCUACCGUUGUGGGAAAAGAUAAUAUUGUGGAAGAGUCUCAUAUUCAGGAAUUACCAUAUCUCUAUGCAGUGAUGAAAGAAGUCUUGCGCAUGCAUCCAGCUGCUCCACUACUGGUGCCACAUUGUCCUAGUGAAACAUGCACUGUGGGAGGAUACAUUGUUCCUAAAGGAUCUUGUGUUUUCAUAAAUGUAUGGGCCAUACAUAGAGAUGCUUCUACCUGGAAAAAUCCAACAGAGUUCCUUCCAGAGAGAUUUUUGCAAAAAAACUGGGAUUAUGGUGGAAAUGAUCUCAACUAUUUCCCAUUUGGUUCUGGCAGAAGAAUCUGUGCGGGGAUAGACAUGGCAGAGAGGAUGUUCAUGUAUUCACUGGCUUCACUCAUUCAUUCUUUUGAUUGGAAAUUGCCCGAAGGAGAGACAUUAGACCUUACAGAGAAGUUUGGUAUUUCUUUGAAAAAGAAAAUGCCUCUGGUGGCUAUACCUACUCCAAGAUUGUCCAAUUCAACACUGUAUGAGUAAGAUAAAAAUAUAUCAAUGUUAUGUGCUAAUGUCUUUCAAAGAAUUGUAAGGUAAGGUACUUCAUUAGGAAUUGUAUGGUAAGGCCUAGCCCCCCUUGCUUGUACUUAUCC